AUGUCUACGGCUCAAGAGCAAGAAACUUGCACAGAUUGUGAACCACCUUCCUCAUCAACCCACACUCAACCAGCCAGUACGUCCACGAUGGCUCAUUCGCCCCAACGACCCCAGCCAGUAGGAAUAGGCAAAGAGUCGUUCGAACCUCCCGUUCCUGUCGAUCCUCCCUCAAAGGCUGGACAUGCUACGGAAUAUACAUAUAGGGGACCACCCACUCCUCAAGUUGAACAACAGCAGGAGAGGGAAAAGAAGGUGGAACAGCCUGAGAAUGUGGAGAGAGAAAAGGGGGAUUUGACUCCUCCAUCAGGUUCCCAUCAGCAGAACAAUCAGGAGACCAACGGCACGACGACGAUAACCACGUCGACGACGGAGUUUCAGGUUCCGGCUUUGAAAGAGAUCAAACCUAGUGUCAUCAUUGAGUUUUGUGAUAGAUGUAGAUGGGCACCAAGAGCAACAUGGAUCCAAACCGAACUUUUCCUAACCUUCCCCAACCCCCUCCUGCGAUCAAUCACACUUAUACCGCUCAACGCACCUGAAACAGGAGGCAGGUUCAGAGUAUGGUUGGAUAGAGGGGACGCAAAGGGAGAUCAGCUAGUAUGGGAUAGAAAGACCGAAGGUGGUUUCCCAGAAUUGAAAAAAGAGAUGAAACAAGAGACUGGAUUGGGUAAUUGA